AUGCCUAAUCUUCCGGAUAACAUAGCGCCGAUCCGGGAGUUGCUCAUCCGGUAUAGCAAAAUCCCAGCCGACGAGAUUGAGCCUCAUCUUAUCAGGAUUCGAGAAGCGGCUUGGGCGAGUUCGCGAAUGCCCUUUAUUGGGCGAUGGAAGUUCUUAAUAAUACACGAUGCCAACGACUCUCGCUAUCAACAGGCUCUUUUCCGCCUCAGACUAUCUCAAUCUCGGGACGCCCUCCUAGACCUGGGCUGCGGGCUUGGACAAGCUCUUCGCCAAUUUCGAGACGACGGCGUUGAUGGAUCACGGUUAUUCGGGCUCGACUCAAGUUCUCACAUGAUUUCAUCUGGCUAUGAUCUCUUCCAAGAUAGGAACAGCCUGGGCGCCCAUUUUACCGUGGGAGACUUGACCGAUCCCGACGAUUUAAGCUUAGAGGAGCUCAACGGUCAGGUCAGCAUCAUCCACGCCGGAAGCUUCUUCCACCUAUUUAGCUGGAAACAGCAGUUGUACAUCGGUAAACGACUCGUCGACUUUCUGCAGCCCGGAAUACGCAACGCAUUUAUAUACGGCCGCCAUGCAGGCGUUACCACCGCUCGCGAGGUUGAGAAGAACGAUUCCUCGCCCUAUCUUCACAACCAGGAAAGCUUCCAACGUCUCUGGGACGAGAAUUGA